AUGUUGUCCCCCGUCAAUGCCAUCACCCUACUGCCACUGUUGACCGUUCCGUUCGUCUCGGCGUUGUUCUUCCCCUACCGAAUAGACGUUCAGGGCAAGCUCUAUUGCAACGGUACGCCGAUCGCCGGCGUCCAGGUGGACCUGAUGGAGCGCGACUUUGUCAAAGCGGACGACGUCUUGGGCAUCUCUUACACGGGAGAAGAUGGAGGAUUCAAGAUCGAGGCCACCGACAUCGAAACCUGGGAUCCUCCCCACAACUACCUACGCAUCCGCCACUCGUGCACCGCCGUGAAACCAUGCGUAGAAUACAACUGCCGACCAAUUAUUUUGCACCAAAUCACAGCCCGCCCCUACAACCUCGGCAUCUACGAGCUGUGGGAAAAUAAGGGAAAAGUG